GCAGAGAAAUUGUUGGUGCUAAAAUUCAUUCGUAAAUUACAAGACCCUGUUCCUCAAUACGUAAUAGGUUGCUUACCUGUUAUAGCAACAAUUGGUGCCGCUCCAUGGGAGAGUUUUGUGGACAAGUUUAUAUGGUUACUGCGAUGUCUUGGCUGUCCAUUUACAGGAUUAUUUUACGUCUGCUGCAUAAAGAAUGAUGAGACAUCUUUGUGCAUAUAUUGGCUCCCAUCAGAGUGUUUCAUUACACGUGGCGGAAAGAAAAUCAAUUACAGACCUUUCGGAGUUUAUGCCAUGGAUGUCAUGGAUGUGGACCAAAAAGAUUGUCGUCGUUGGCGUCAUUCUACUAUUUCCUAUUUCUUAGUUGGUGUAAUUUCAGGAAUUGUCAGGGUGAUAGGUCCGUCUAUCUGUGAUGAGGAUUGGCCGAGUAUACCGAUAGCAUUAUCUUGGACAUUACCGGCAAUCUUUAGGAGAACUUUUCUAAAAUAUAUUGUAGUUAAGGAUCCUAAUAUAAAACUAGGUGACCAAAAAGUAAAUGUCACCAAUCUAGAUAAGCAUAAUAAGCCCAACCUAUAUGCUCGCGUUGCGUUCGCUGCUCUUAUGUCAAUAGUAGUUCCCUGGAUAUCAGUGCUCCUAGUCUACUUCACACCCCCAAUUGGAUUUUUGUGUCGUAGUAAAUACCUCUCGCUGUUGUGUUCCAUAUGGUCAUUCAACAGCGUGUUGGCACUUUUAAGCCAUUUGAGAGGUGAAAAAAGCGUGUAUGGUAACUGGUACCUUCAUGUCGUUUUUUUCACUAGUGGUAUUUUAGUUGCUUUCCUUUCGUUUGUUCUAGCCUUGCUGAGUAAUAAUCCAUCAUGGUGGGGUAGUCUGCUCGGAAAUUCUUGUGACAGGUCGAGCAUAUGCUACAAUAUUUAA